AAAUUGUUUAGUAUAAUGACUACCUUCAAAAAACAUUUUUCUCGAAUAGGUAAGUAAGCAAAAAUGGACGAGGAACUUAAGAAGCUAAAGUCUAUUCUCCGCGCUCUUGUUGUUUCAAGCCCGGUAACAGUGAAUAUGACCUCUUUGCUGAAAGACUACCGGAAGAUGGUUGGCUCCCCACUGCCUUUGACCAAAUUUGGCUAUAGAGACCCCCUUCAGUUUUUACAAGAGCGAUGCAGCGAUUGUUUUAUAUUUCUAGGACCUCCCAAAAAUCCAGAAUUAAUGUUAAUAGUACCAGACUCGUUGAAACAUAUUGAUAAGUUUGUACAAAAGCAAAGGACAUCACCAUUUGUAAAAUUUAGGGGUAAGAGAAGAAGUGUGUUAGAAUCGAAAUUAAAGCCAAAUAAUGUAGAAACAAAGAAAGAAGAACAACAAAUGACUAAAAGCAGAUUAGUAGAAGAGGAAAGAAUGGAUCUGCCGGCAUUCCAAAGCAAUCAGAAUUCUUUACAUGAAGUGGAGUCCAGCAGAUCACAGGAUCAUCUUAGCUCUGGACGGCUGACAUCAUCUAGUGGUAGAAGUUUGAAGGAAGCGUUAGAAAAAUUAAAAGAAGAGCUGAAAACUCUUAUCUGUGAACAACCAGAGCCAGUUUGGUGUAGUGACUUGUUGGACAUGUAUAAGGAGCGUUACGGGCGCGAUCUGAACUUCUCGCGGUUCGGGUUCUGGAGCGUGGCGGGCCUGGUGUGCCAGCUGAGCGGCGUGCGCGCGGCGCAGGCGGGCUACGGCGACUGGCGCGCGUGGCCCGCCACCGCGCCCGCGCCGCGCCCCGUCCCGCUCCCGCCGCGCCGCCUGCCCUCGCCCGCCGCGCCGACAGACGACGCGCUGCCUGGUGUCCCUUACGAGCCGGACGUGUUCCCCGCGGACUGCAUGCAGCUGGGCGAGGCGCUGGGCGCGGCGCCGCUGGGCGACGUGCGCGCGGGCGACCUGCUGGAGGUGAUGCUGGGCGAGGUGUACUCCCCCUCGCACUUCUGGAUGAUGCGCCUGGGCGACGAGUUCGACAUCGCGCUCGACGCCGUCAUGGACGAGAUGACCAAGUACUACUCCCGCGGCGAAGGCGCAGGGCGGCGGCUGGCCGUGGGCGCCGUGCGCGAGGGGCACUGCGUCGCGUCCUGCUACGACGGCGACUGGCACCGCUCCGUCAUCGUGCGCAUCAUGGAUUGUGAUACUGUCAAGGUGCGGUACGUGGACUACGGCACGGUGGAGGCGUGCGCCGUGUCGGGGCUGCGGCCGCUGCUGCGGCGCUGGGCCGCUCUGCCCGCGCAGGCGCUGCGGGCCCGCCUGGCCGGCGUCGCGCCCGCGCACAGCCGCGUGUGGCCACUCCCCGCCGCCGCCGCCUUCCUCGCCGCCGUGCGCGAGCGCCGCCUCGUGGCGCACGUGCUCAGCGCGCCACAGGAGGACGGGAUCCUCGAAGUACUUCUAAUCGACACAUCAACGGAGGAGGACGUGUGCAUCCACUCGGAGCUGAUCCGCGCGGGCCACGCCGUGCUCUGCACCACGACCCCCUCCAAGUCGGAGAGUUACCUGUACCCGACGUUCCACGCGCUGGAGAACGGGCUCACGCCGAACUACGCCGGUAUCAACGCGUACAUCCGCGACGGCGUCAUGCUGGACUUCGUGGAGGAGUACCGGCGCCACGUGCCCGUCGCGCUGCCCUCCCCCUCCCCCUCGCCCUCCACCUCACCCCGCACCUCCCCGUGCCCCAACCCCUCGCCGCCCCCCUCGCCGCCCCCCUCGCCCCUCCCCUCCCCCUCCCCGCCCGCGUCCCCCCCGCACGUGCAGGCCGCCCCGCUGCUGCCCUCCAUGCCGGCGGCGCCGACCCCGCGCCUGCCGCGCUCCGCCAACCACCUCAACUGCAUUCCUCCACAAGUCAACAAGAGCGAAGCGUACACGAACCGGCAUAACAUGCGAACACGGGCGCACAGGCCACAGCGGACGUCGUUCCCGCCCGCGCCUCCGAUGCCGUUGCCGCCGGUGUUCGUGGGCCCGUUCCCGCUCAUGUACCCCGCGUUCCCCGCGCCCUUCCCCUACCCCUACCCGGCGCCGUUCCCGGGCCAGCGCGCGCCCUACCCGCCGCACAUGCCGCACGCGCCGCAGGUGCCGCCCACGCCGAGCGGGGCGGUGAGUAUCCCGGCGUCGGAGUGCGAGAUCUUCGCGACGCUGAGCCGCGUGGACCCGGCGGCGGCGCAGCGCUACAUGCUGGCCGUGAUCGGCCGCGCCAUGGCCGGCGCCGGCACCGGCACGACGGCGGGCGGCGUGCGGCCGCGCAGCUCCACGCUCAACCCGCACGCGGCGGAGUACCGCUCGGUGGCCGCGAGCCCGCUCAGCGGCGGCACGGGGCAGUGCGGCCGCCCGCCGCCCGGCUUCGAGAAGAAAUGACCUGUGCAGUGUGCGUAUAGUUGUAUACGAGUACGUUUGUACUUUACUUUUUGAUAAACUUUUUGCGUGUAGCAGGUAUCAGUUUUGCGCAUAUCUGGCCCUGUAUUAUUCUUUAAAAAAAUAAAUUUGAUCGAAUGUCGAAUUUCGAGACAUACCUAUAUGGCCAAAUAAAUAUAUGUUGCUGGAAUUAAUACGGGUGUGUCCUAAGGGUUUGUCGAUUUCUACGAUAAAGAUUGAGUGACAUAUUAAACAUUGAACUAACGCAAAUAAAUAUUAUUUCCGAUUCUUAUUAUUUUUUAUGACAUAAAAAAUAUCUCGAUUCGACCCGACUUCGAUGAGUAGGUACGAACGAUAUAGUACUGUUGUAAAAUUAUUUUCGUUAACGCAAUAAAUGAAAGCGACAGGCAGUUAGUGAUUUUUGUGAUUUAUAUUUGAAUUUUCUAUUUUAGUUUUAAGUGUUACAUUUAUUUUAUAUUUAGUCUUUAAGAAAACUGAAUUUGAUAUUUCUGUUUUUUCAUUUUUAUUUUUGUAGUUAUAACAUACUUUUAUAAUGGUACAUUUAUUAUAGUUUAUUGCAUUGCGAGUAUUACACUUACAGUAGUACUUGAAAAUUUGACUAAUUCAAAUAAAAUAUAUCUAUUUUUGUUUACAUAUUAUAUAUCUAUAUGUGUGACUUGACUUUUUCGCUCGGUUUCUUACGUAACCAAAUGUUGACUCCAAUAAUACAUUUAUAAUAAUAGGUCUCACCCACCGUGCUUUUAUUAUUAAGUUCCUCAUAUUCUAAUAAGUAAUAUCGUAGCUGUAGCGUUAUUUUGACCUGUUUUAAAUGCUUGCAAUACAUAAAAUGUUUGUAAAGUAAACGUUUACAGUAAGGAGUUAGUACAAUAAGGAAAAUAUGUUAAGACUCUGUGAUAUAAGCUGUCUUAGAAUGUUGUUACAACAAUAGCUAUUUGCUACAUCCAUACUUUAAAUAAUAAAAUGUGAAAAAUCUUA